CUCCUCCGUGCGGCCGGAGCACCCUGAGCCCCGCAGACAUGACCUCGCGCAGGUGGUUUCAUCCCAACCUCGGUGGGGUCGAGGCGGAGCAGCUGCUCCGGUCCAAGGGCCAGCACGGGAGCUUCCUGGCAAGACCCAGCAAGAGCCGCCCGGGCGGCUUCACGCUGUCCGUCAGGCGCCACGACGAGGUGACCCACAUCAAGAUCCAGAACACAGGCGACUACUACGAUCUGUAUGGGGGGGAGAAGUUCGCGACGCUGGCCGAGCUGGUGCAGCACUACACAGGCCAGCGCGGGGGGCUGCUCCGAGAGCGUGGCGGGGCCCCCGUGGAGCUCUUGCACCCGCUGAGCUGCCAGGACCCCACGUCAGAACGGUGGUACCACGGGCACCUGUCUGGCAAGGAGGCCGAGAAGCUGCUGAUGCAGAAGGGGCGUCCGGGCAGCUUCCUGGUUCGGGAGAGUCAGAGCAAACCUGGGGACUUCGUGCUGUCAGCGCUCACACAGCAGCUGGACAGGGCAGGCCGCCAGGCACGCGUCACCCAUGUCAUGAUCCACUUCCAGCCAGAUGGGAAGUACGAUGUGGGAGGUGGCGAGCGGUUUGACACCCUGGGAGACCUGGUGGAAUGCUACAGAAAGAACCCUCUGGUGGAGAGGUCGGGGACCGUAGUGCACCUCCAGCAGCCCCUCAAGACCACGAGAAUCAGCGCCACAAGCAUUGAGAGCCGUGUGCGGGAGCUCAACGAGGCCAUGGAUGCCAGCGAGAAGGCCAAGCAGGGCUUCUGGGAGGAGUUCGAGAUGCUGCAGCAGCAGGAGUGCCGGCUCCUGUAUCCCCGGAAGGAGGGCCAGCGGCCGGAGAACAAGCCCAAGAACCGAUACAGGAACAUCCUUCCCUUUGAUACCACCCGUGUCAUCCUGCGUGAUGUGGAGGACAGCGCGCCUGGAGCCGACUACAUCAACGCCAACUACAUCAGGAGUGACCCAGAGGAGAAGCCAGGCCAUGGACCAGGCAAGGUGCACAUCGCCACCCAGGGCUGUCUGCCAACUACGGUGGCUGCCUUCUGGGCCAUGGUGCGCCAGGAGGACACGCGUGUCGUCGUCAUGACCACCAGGGAGGCGGAGCGAGGCCGGAACAAGUGUUUCCGAUACUGGCCAGAGCUGCACGGCAGCCAAGAGUAUGGCCGCCUGCGCGUGUGCAACGUUGCUGAGCACCAGGCCCAGGGCUAUUGUGUGAGGGAGCUGCAGGUGUGGCGGGCAGACCAGGAGGAGUCACCGCGCACAGUGAAGCACUGCCAGUACUUCGGCUGGCCGGACCACGGGGUGCCGGCCGCGCCCACCGGCGUCCUUGGCUUCCUGGACGAGGUGAACCGGGCCCAGAGCAGCAUGCCGGGGGCCGGACCCAUGGUAGUGCACUGCAGCGCCGGCAUCGGACGCACUGGCACAAUCAUUGUGCUUGACAUCCUGGUGGACGUCAUUCGCAGGCAGGGGCUGGACUGCGACAUCGACGUCCCCAAGACGAUCCAGCAUGUGCGGCGGCAGCGCUCGGGGAUGGUGCAGACCGAGGCGCAGUACAAGUUCGUGUACCUGGCGCUGCAGCGGUACAUCCGGGGCGAGCAGCUACGCCUGCGCGAGCAGGUGGGGGCAGGGCCGGGCCGGGGCGGAACCUGCGGGGGCAUCACCAUGGUGACCAGCGGCCCCUCCCCUCAGCGCGAGCCGCCCGAGGAUCGCGACUCCCUGAAGGUGGGAGCCUCGCCCGCCGACCCCGGCUGUAGCCCCGGAACCGCGCCGUCCCGGGCGCCGGCGGCCACCCCGGAGGCCUCCGGCCACGUGUACGAGAACCUGCUGCCACUCGGGCCGUGAGGGCCCCGAGUGCGCGCGCCCCGAGUGGGGCUGGAGCCGUGCGAGAAGGCGGGAGCCCAGCAAGGCCGGCCCUCGCGUUCCUCCGAAGGACUGUGUUUAGGACUGUGCAGACCGGCGCCCAGCCCGGAGCGUUGCGGGGUUGGGGGGCGGGGGUCCCGGGUCUGCCCCUCAGACCCUCCCUGACCAGGUCUGCACGUCCAGAAAUGGUGAGGGAAGGUCAGGAGGUCCGGUGUCCCUGCCUUUCUUGGAGGAGGGGAGGCGGGGCUGCAGGGCUGCGGUUUGUCUCAGUGUGGGAGGCCACCAGUGACCACCUGCACGGCGCAGUGACUAUGUGUGACCUUGCGUGUGCCACGUGUUUGAGUGUCAGCCUGUAUGUGGGACACGAGUGACCAGCAAGUGAGUGCCAGUCUGUGGUCACCAGCGUUUGUGCCCCUCUCCCCUGCAUCCUGCAUGCCCCCCACCCCUUCAGAGCUGCUUCUCAGCCCUGCCCACAGCCGUGGUCUAGGAUGUGGCCCAGGCAGCGGCUCAGUCCCUGCCGUGUCCAGGCCUAGCCCAGACCGUCACACUGCGGUCGCGUGUGGACAAAUGUUUGUUGAAUGAGAGAAUAUGUGACAUGCUCGUGUGACCACGGGGAUGAGGGCGAGGCUCCAUGUGUGCCUGACUGGUCUGUGAUGGUGUGAUGUCACUGGCCUGUGGUCCACACUUGCACCCUCCCAUCACGGAUGUCCCUGUGGCUUUGUGGUCUCCUCAGUAAAAUGCCUUCUUCUCA